CUCUCUGUAACAGUUGCACGUACUAAGUAAAUAAAGUCAAGGGAAGUAACUCCUGUAGUUAAGCUACAACUUUAUAUUGAUCUGUUGUUAUUAGCAACAGAUAACAGCAAAACGAUUUUAUAUAUUUGAACAUGUCGAAAGUAUCGACCAGCAAAAUGUGGCUUACAGGAAUGAUACACAAUGAUCCUAAAACUAAAGAUUAUUUCGAAGCGAAGAUGCCCAAAGUCGAUGUGGAUCAGGUGAUGGUGUUAAUGCCUGAGGAUUGGGAGAGGAUUCAAUAUGAGUUACAUAUGAGGGAAAUAGAAGCGGAGAAAAUCAAAAUAUUGAAGAAAAAUAAAAAAGCGAUUGCGGAAAAAUCAAAAAAAUUUGUUGAACAUUGGCCCAACACAUUAGCAAGUCUCCGUCAGAAGAAAAUCGAAGACUUCAAACAUAAACAACUGAUGGAAGAGGAGGAGAAGAAACAAAAGGACCUUGAAUGGGCCGAGUACCAAGCGGAAGUAAGGAAAAAUGCCAUUGCAGAAGCCAAGAAGAAAAUGUACUUCCAGACGGACCGCAUCAAGGGUCUGCAUCGAGGUUUUCAGUUUUCUGAAAUUCUGAGAGAGAGAGAAGAACAGAUAAAGAUGAAGAAUUUUCAAAGGGAAACUGCAAGAAUGCGGGCGGAGAUAGACUACAAGGAAUUAAUGCAACAAAAUGAAGAGAUGGAAAGGAUGGAACAGAAGAAACAAAUUAAUAAAAAGAAGGCCCUGAUGGAACAAAUCGAAGAUUUUAAAGCCAAAAUCCAGAGCAACAUUGACGAAAAAAAGCAAGAGAAAGAGGCCCAGAAACAGGAACAGAAGCAUUUGAACCAGCUAGCCGAGGAAUGGGCGAGCGAAAUCCGUCAACUGCAGAAAGAAGAAAAAGAGAAGUCCUUGAAAUUUGCUGCAGAACGCAGGAAACGAAUAAAAGGGGAUGCAGAGAUUAGAGAACUUGAAAAGAAGAAAGAAGAGGAGGAAGUUAAAGCAUGCGAAGCUUAUGCGGAAGCAAAACGGGAUAUGUUGAAGAUGAGAGAGAAACGAAAUAAAGAAUUACGAGCGCAGCGUCAGAAAUACCUCGAGUUGCUCGGUCUUCGAAUCAGUAAUCACAUGAAGCAACUAAGUGAUGAUGAGAACCAAAGAAUUGAGAAGGUGGCACAGGAAAAGGAAAAUGAAAAGCUGCGAAUUGAAGAACAGAAGAAAAAGAAUUAUGAUAAAUAUACGGAAGAUAUCAUUGCAAAUAUGAAAGCUAAGCCGCUAUAA